CCGAGGAGCCCCCCCUCCCUUUAAUGAAAGCUGAGAUUGCGGGGAGAGGGAAAAAAAAAGAAGAGACGAUGAAAGGAAAAUGCUGUGCGGUUACAUGGAGGCGAAGCUUUAGGAAUGUAUGUGCAACGUUGAAGUAAUACCCAUAAACGGGAAAGGAAAGUCGGGAUUGCGUUUUUAUACUACAAUCCCGUUCUCCCCCGCACGUUUAGCGGGGGGCUAGGUUAACUUCGCAAGAGAAAAACCGGGAGAGGAGUGGAGUGGAGAGCGGAGAGAGAGAGAGCGAGGGACGGGGGUGAGCCAUCAAGCAGUAUGCUUCUUUUAGGAGCAAACUUUCGCUUCGGAGGAGGAGAUCAAGAGUAGAAAAAACUCGGAUCCGAGACGCUAGAGAUCAGGGCGGAAUUGCAUCGAAACAGCACCCCCUCCUCCUCCUCCUCCUCCUCCUCUCAGGAGAUCGCUGUUUUUUUUUUUUUGUUUUUGUUUGUUGUUGCUGCUGUUGCUGUCGUGGGCGAUGUUGUUGCUGGCGGAGGCGAUCGGCGGCGGGUCAGGGUCCCGGGGCUGGCCGGAGUCGGAGCUGUUCCGCUGGAGGCGAGAGGGCUUCCUCGUCCUGCUCCUGCUGGAGGCGGCGGCCGUGUGCCUCGCCAACCCCAGCGCUCCCGGGAUCAGCAGCAACAAUCGCCCCAGUGUCAACGUCUACAUGAGCGAGGAAGAGGUGAAGAAGCUGCUAGGUCUCGAUGCCGAGUUGUACUACGUGAGGGAUGAUGUUAUCAAUCACUACGCCCUCUCCUUUGUCCUGCCAGUGCCCAGCGAAACCAACAGCCUCCACUUCACGUGGCACUCCAAGAGCAAGGUGGACUAUAAGCUUGGGUUUCAAGUGGACAAUCCCUCAGCCAUGAGCCUACCACAGUGCAACAUCUCUGCUCAGGGCGAGGUACCUCGGACCCUCUCAGUUUUCCGAGUGGACCUUUUGUGUUCGGGGAAAGUGGAUGCUGAAGUCAUCCUCACUGUGCAACUCAACCUGACCUUUAACACCAAUAACUUCACAGUCCUCAACUUCAAGAGGAGGAAAAUGUGCUACCAACGCGUUGAGCAGGAACCAAAGAUUCCACAGUAUUCCAACAAGAGCAUCAACAGGCCUGUUUACGAGAGCGUCAAUGCAACACCGACCACAUCCGCCCGCGUGUUCUACAUCAGCGUGGGGGUCUGCUGUGCAGUCAUAUUCCUGGUUGCCAUUAUUUUGGCAGUGCUGCACCUGCACAGCAUGAAGAGAGUGGAGCUAGAUGACAGCGUGAGUGAGAGUGGCAGCUCCCAAGGCCUGUCCCAGCCGUCCACGCAGACCACACAGUACCUGAGAGCAGACACCCCAAACAACGCCACCCCUGUGACAAACAAUCACCCCGGUUCUGCUCCCAUCCUUCAACUUGCUGCUGCCUCCUUCCCAAACUCUGGUGCCCCUUCCCACGAAACCAAAAGUUACCCAUCUCUGCGCAUUGAGAAGAAUGACUUGAAAAGUGUGACUCUGCAAGAAGCCAAGGCCAAAGUGAAAGACAUCGCAAUUUCUCGAGAGAGGGUCACGCUGCGUGAUGUGCUACAGGAAGGUACAUUUGGUCGCAUUUUUCAUGGCGUUCUUUUGGAUGAGAAGGAUCCCAGCAAGGAAAAGCAAGUCUUUGUGAAAACGGUGAAAGACCAUGCCUCGGAGGUUCAAGUGACAAUGAUGCUGACAGAGAGCUGUAAACUCCGAGGGCUACAUCAUAGGAACUUGUUGCCCAUCAGCCAGGUGUGCACAGAGGAGGGGGAGAAGCCCAUGGUGCUGCUGCCCUAUAUGAACUGGGGGAACCUCAAGCUUUUCCUGCGGCAGUGCAAGCUGGCCGAGGCCAACAACCCACAGGCAAUUUCCCAGCAAGACCUGGUGCAUAUGGCCAUUCAGAUUGCUUGUGGGAUGAGCUAUCUUGCAAGACGAGAAGUGAUUCAUAAAGACCUAGCAGCCAGGAACUGUGUCAUCGAUGAUGGAAUGCAGGUGAAGAUCACUGAUAACGCCUUGUCCAGGGACCUCUUCCCUAUGGACUACCACUGCCUAGGGGACAAUGAGAAUCGGCCGGUCCGCUGGAUGGCUCUGGAGAGCCUGGUUAACAAUGACUUCUCCAGUGCUAGUGACGUGUGGGCGUUUGGCGUGUCCCUGUGGGAAUUGAUGACUCUGGGACAGACUCCCUAUGUCGACAUAGACCCUUUCGAGAUGGCCGCAUACCUGAAGGACGGCUACAGAAUAGCACAGCCCAUCAACUGCCCCGAUGAACUAUUUGCAGUGAUGGCCUGUUGCUGGGCCCUUGAUCCUGAGGAUAGGCCUAAGUUCCAGCAGCUGGUACAGUGCCUCACUGAGUUCCAUGCAGCUCUUGGGGCAUAUGUCUGAAAUCCAGCCUGUGGCUCAAGAAAGGCCUGCAAAACUGGUGAUCAGCACUACACAUAAGGAAGUUAUCUUCCAAAAAAUUGUGCCUUGUUAUAUAUAUAUAAAAACUUGUGGACAGCUUUUAAUGUUGUAAAAUAUUCUGAAUUUUUGUAGUGUCAGAAAUCUCCGUACAUUUCCUCUGCCUGAAAUUUCAUUUCAGUGAAAUGUUUGGUAUUUCCUUGAUCUGAACAAAGCUCAUGAAAAACCUGCGGCUGAUCGGAAUCUCAACUGAGAAACUUUAUCAUUAAGAGGUCACGUUUAUUUUCCUGUGCUGCGAAAGUAUUCCUUGAUUUUGAUCAGGACCUUGAACAGAUUUGACAACCUAAAAGUUUAAUUGCACACUUAAAGGUUUGUAAGAUACCAGUGCUCAGAGUACAAGAAAGCUACUGCAAAUAGCAUUUUUAUAUCAUAACCUGAUACAUUUUGAUGUCUCCUUGGAUAAAUGCAGAUAUUUUAAAUUAAUUUUGUUUGACGUUUAUUUAUAUUUUAGAUUUGAGGUAUUUGUAAGAGUGAAAAAGAAUAAUGCGAAAACAAGUAAAAUCGAAGUUUACUUGUUGGCUGAAAUGUCUGCUCUCAUGCAAGAGAACAUAAUGACCAGAGAGCUGAGAUAUGACAGAUGUUUUUUCAAGGUCCUUCUCAAGUGCAGAUCCGGAUCAACUUUUAAAGGAGGGUUUCUUUGUCCGUCUUCCGGUGUUAUCAGUUCUCAGCUGUUGAAUAUCCUGCUCCAAGUUGAUAUAUUACAGUUACUUUCCCAGUUUAAAAAAAGUGUUCCUGCAAACAUUUCUCAAAGCUGGUUUGUAAAUAGUGUCACGGGGAAGCAAGUUAACAUUGCACAAUCAAAAUAUUCUUCAAAUGUGACUUUUACAAUCAGAAAGACAAAGGUUGUUUACUUAACAUUUUUAUGUCAUUUUAAAGGGGGCAUUUUGCAGAAGCAUUUUUGUUUUUUUUACGUUUAAGAUGAACAACAGAAAAGUGAAUGUGUAGCACGAAUAGUGAAAUAAUAAUGAUAUCUUUAACAAAUGCUGCUAUUUGAAUAUGUUGUACUAUUCUCGGCAGUGUUUUUUUUUUAAUGCAGAACACAGGAAAGAGCCAAGACGUGUUCAGAUAUUUUUAAUCCGCAUUUUGGUACACUUUGGUGUUUUUUCUUCUCGGAACAAGCCCUAAUUAAGGAGGUGUGGACAAGCCCCCCCACACAGUUAUGGGUUACACAGUAAGCAAAUGCUAUGAGCAGAUUUUGUCUUCAAUUUGGUUGGUCACACUGGUGACAUUGACAAGGUUGUUGAUUCCCAUCACCACCCUGAGUGAGCUUAGCCAAGGGGCUACUACAGAAGGACUU